AUGCCUCGGAUGCACGGUCCUUUGUGCUUUUUAGAGUCAGCUCUGGGGGUCGAGCGAGGCGCUGGAGGCCUGAGGAAGAGGCCAGGGAACAAAGAAAAGAUGAAGGCGUCUAGGAAGGAGCGUUCUGGGCGGAAGGGAGGAGGGACUCAGAGGAGCGACGCAGAGACGGGGGCGCAGGCACACGGGACCAGGGCGGGUCCUGGGCGGGCAGACGCGGCGCAGGGUCGCCCGCUGCCAUCGGGGGUCCCCCGGGGUGGGGCCAGGCCUCCGCACGGCCCUCCGCCCGCCCUCCUCAGCGUUCUCCUCCUGGACGGAAUAACAGGCACUUCCUCCCCGUGCGCUGUCUCCCCUUCUUCACACCAAGCUCCGGGAAUCCUAGGGGUGAAGGGAGGACAGGCUGCAGGCUGCCUGCACCCUCUGGUCUUGCCUGCCCAGCCGCGCCGGGGCUGUCAGGGGCCUCGGAACAACCCGGGGUCUGCUUGGUCAGGGACUGGAGAGGUCAUCCAGACACUCAGCCCGCGUGCUUGGAAGCCCCUCUCACCGGCAGAGAAGUCCUGGACCCGAAGGCUGGUCACGGCAGAGGAGGCCGCGGCGGCCGCUGGCCGUCUCAGUGGCCGCUGCUGGGCCAGCCAGGGAGCGGCCGGCUUGCUGUCGCAUGUCACGACCUGGGCCUUUCUCAUUUCUGUAGCAGCUUUAUAA